UUAUUUAUUUAUUUAUUUUACUUUGAAGAGAAUAAUAGACUUGCUCCGGCUUUCAUGUGCAUUACCAAGGUGGCGAAGCCUAGCGAGUCAGAUGAUAUCAAGAGGUUCUUCUCUGCGGCAGAGGAGGAAGAAGAAGAAGAAGAAGAAACGGGUCCUACUGCCGGAACGGCCGCAACUCCCCCGCCGGGAGUUGGGCUAUUAUCUGGUUCUGCUCGGGAAAGGGAGAUGUCGGUCAUGGUAUCGGCUUUGACACGUGUUGUUACCGGAAAUGAACCGGCGGCGGCAGCGGCACCGUCUUCGUCGUCGUCUUUCAUUUCACCGGGCGGCGGCGGCGGCGGUGGCGGGAUUAAAAGAGAGAGGGAAGAGCUCAUGAGUCCUAAGUCGGUGAGGCAUUACAGAGGGUUCUUUGCAGGGGAGUCUUCCACGAGUUCUGCAGCACCGAAGCAGAGCCGGCAGAGCUAUCUAGCAAUAGCACAAUCCCCAUUUUCAUCAACUCCGGCGACAUUGCAAGAACCACCCACACUACCCCCUGACACAGAGAAAGAAGUUCACCGGAGAUACAGAGGAGUCCGGCAACGGCCAUGGGGUAAAUGGGCGGCGGAAAUUCGAGACCCACACAAGGCGGCACGUGUCUGGCUCGGCACCUUCGAAACAGCCGAGGCUGCCGCCAAGGCAUACGACGAGGCUGCGCUCCGCUUUCGUGGAAAUAAAGCAAAGCUUAACUUCCCCGAAGCAGUACAGCUCCAGCAACCUAUCAACGUAUCUCCGGCGAUACGGUUGACGGAAUCUGGUCCUCCGGCGAGAACUACAGAGCCAGUUUGGCCGUCUUCACUAUCCCAAACAAUGGGCAUGGCUAGAGAUUACGUGGAGUACUCGAGAUUGUUGCAGGGAACAGGGGAGUACCAGGGGAUGCCGCCCACAGCGUUAUUGGAUCAGUUAAUGCAUUCGAGCUCAUCCAUGGCGUCGACUUCUCAUAAAGAACCGUCUUUUGGUUCUCAUUCGGUGUCUUCACCGCCAUUUUCCAUAUCUUCGAGUUACUCAGCAGCGGCGGAAGCAGGACGGCAGAUGGGUGUUUUUUGGCCACCGGGCGGUGGCACCAACACGUCGCCGUCAUCGCCAUCGUCAUCCCCGCCGUGGAAUGCAUCCGCCAUGGAUCCGCCACGUUCUGGAUAGUUACACAAAAGAGGAUUUUCAGAAUAAAAAAAAAAUUUAUAUAAUUAGAUGUUUUAUAAAUUUGUGCACAUAAUAGUGGGUGGAAAUGUCAUACAUUUAAGAAAAAAAUACAGGAGGAUAGGGAAACAAAAUUUAGUUUUUAUUUAUGGGAAUAUUUAAGAAUUUUUAUGGGAUAUAUGUAUACAAGUUGGAUUUUUUGUUUAUUUUAUAUUGAAUUUCUUUGU